CCACAACAAAAAAGUGCAAUUAUUUGGGCGGUAGCAGUCGGUACUAUACUUGGCACCUUCCCAAUAAACUACGCCUACAUCAAAUAUGGAGCGAGAUGGCCAUUUUUCAUAUCUGGUAUGAUGUCCGUGUUUUCAACGGCAAUAAUUCCAUUGGCUGCUCAACUCGGACUGCCAUUCCUUCUGGUUUUCAGGUUUAUACAGGGACUGGGCUAUGCAGCUGAUUUCGCGGCAAUAGGAAUUCUCUGCGUACGGUGGGCUCCGCUAUCACAAACAAGCCUAUUCAUCAGCAUUCUUACCUGCUUCACACCAGUCUCAACGGUCAUCACAAAUCCACUGUCUGGUUGGGCAAGUUUCAAAUUCCAAUCUGAUUCUGAAUUUUUUUUAGGGUUUCAAUUAUUUGAAGAUGAGUUUUUUUGCCUGAUAUCUUCAAACUUUCGAGAAUCAAAGCUUUGA